UAUCCAAGUAAUUUUUUCCAUUUUUUAAUCUUAUUGGAAUGUACGUCAGUGGUAAACAAGCGACCUCUUGCUUAUCAGUGGCAGCUCUGUCUCAUCUGUAGGUAUAGUCACAAAUAGGUGGGUUAGUAACAUGGGAGGGUCAGAAGGAGGAGGUGUGGAAGAACAUUUUCUGCUCAGUAUUGAUCAUGUUCAGCAGAGACAUAACUGGGAUUGUGGAUUAGCCUGUGUUAUGAUGAUUCUUCCUCCCCAAGCCAGAGACUUAUUUUCUGCCAAAUUAUACCAGAUUUGUGAGGAAGAAGGAUUUGACAGAAGUACAUGGAGCAUUGACCUUGCCUACCUACUCCAGAGGUUUGGCAUUAAGCACCGAUAUGUGACUGUUACAAUAGGUGUUGACCCUGGAUUUUCUUCCGAGAGUUUUUACAACCAUGUCUUAUGUAAAGAUGCACAGAGAGUUUUAGAUCGUUUUCGAGAAGCCAGCAGUCAGGGAGUUGUCGUAGAACAAGGAUGUGUUACAUUAUCAAAUAUUCUCACACACCUGUACCAUAGUGGACCUGUCAUCCUUCUGACAAAUGCCCAUUUGCUGAUUUGUGAAAGAUGUGCAAAAGUGAUGCCCCAGCUACGAUCUUGUCUUCCUUGCUCACCCCCAUAUCAAGGACAUUACAUACUCCUUAUUGGAUAUAGCAUGAAGAAAAGCUUGGUUUAUUAUAGAAAUCCAUCUUUCAAGAAUCAUAUAUGUUCCAUUGCAUUUAGUAGACUUGAUAAAGCAAGAAAAAGUUAUGGUACAGAUGAAGAUGUUUUAUUUAUAUAUAAUCAUACAAAGCCUCAGGGACCAUAGUUAAGAUUUAUACUGAAAAUUAUGUGCAAUGUUAUAUGUGAAUGAUACUUCACAAAUCCUACGAUGCCUCCUUAUAUAUGUUGGAUUAUGUUUGACCUAGAUCUCAGUCCCUUUAAUUUUGUUGCAUCAAGUAUUAGUGUAAAAAAACAACAAACAGCAUACCAGGUUUUCAUAUACAAUAUUGUGAUAUAGAAUGUGAUCCUUAAUUUUAUACUGUACUUAUAUUGUUGUAUACUGUAUUUAAUUGUAAUGGUUAAGGGCUUUAAUUAUGUCACAAAACUGUUGAUUUUUAUACCUUGAGUCAGUUUUACAUUCAGGGUCAUUGUAAGAUUUGUUCAUAUCCUUGACAAUUUGUGUUAGAUACUUACUAACUGUAUUGAAGUAAUUUUAUUUUCCACAGAAUGUUUACAAAGGGUUUUUUUUUCAUAUUUCUAUUUCCAUUUCUUUCUCUGGCUAAAGCUAAAAGAUGCUCAGAGAACCUCUCAAAGAUUUUCAAGAGAACCUAUUUUAUUAAAUGUCAAACUGUAGAUGUUUGUUUUCCUUUGGCUUUUUCCAUUAGUGCUCAUUUUGUGAGGGGAAUAGCUGAUUUCAGCAUUUUUUUGCUUUAUGAUUAUUUUCACUGCUACAUAAUUAACCAAAUAUGAGUGUCAAAGGGCCAUACAGGCUAUGUACAGUCAUUAAAGUCAUAUUUAUUCUUUAUCCAACUGUCCCAGAGUAUUAAGUUUUUGGAGUUACAAUAAAUAGGCAUUACAAAAAAUAGGCAUUAAACUAUAAACUAUCGCAUCAAACAGUAUUUACUAGCUCAACCCCAAGUUCCAGUUUUUGCCAUACUGCAUGCCAGUUGUCUACCUGAGAGAGAGUGCUCUAAUGUACUCUUCUGUUUUAUCUCUGAAGCUAAGUUAUCUAGUGGUAGUACUCUGAAGCUAAGUUAUCUCUUGUGACUUACAUAAUUACUAUCAUAAGUUUUGUGAAAUCUAUAGUCAAGGUAUAAGUUUAGAAUAAUUUUGAAAAGUAUGGUCAAGGUAUAAAUUAAAAAUAACUUUCAGAAUUGAAACAAUGCUUGCUUAUGUUCGAAAGGUGUCUGUAACUUUGCACCUAUGAUUCAGGAGACUAUGUAAAUAUUUUUGCAAAUCAUAAAGGAAGGGGAAAAUAGUAUAUGUAAUCACUGAUAAACUAUGUUUUGUACAUUAUAAAAAAUUCAAACAAACUUAAUUAAGGGUAAAAAAGUCAUUCUCUAUGGCUCUGUUCUAUUUAUAAAUCCUCAGUCCUCAACAACAGCAGUUCUUGCAAGAUAUCAAGGGCCCAGUCUAAUAUGUAUACUAAUGAACGUACAGACUAAGUCUGUGUUAGUCUGUAUGUUCAUUGUGAAAUUGUAUUUUAUUUUCCUUUCUGAAGAGGGUAGUCUAGUACAGAGGCACUGAAACUCUUCAGUUGUAGGUAGUGGAAUUUCAUGACUUGUACAUAAUGCUUUCUAUUUUAAUAUAUCAUUCUAGAAUUAUUUUAAAGGUUGCAAUUCAAAAGUAUUUUAUGAUGGAAAAUCUGAUUGAGAUGGAAGAGAAGAUUUGGUGGAGUAAAGAUAGAAAGUUUAUAGACUGGGUAUGCAGUUUUAAUGAGCAAAACUUCUCAAGAUAUUUUAAGCAUCUUCAUAGAGUUCACUGUACUAUAUCUGUAAAAAUGGGCCUGAAGACAAAUCUGAGAAAAGGGGAUGAAAUAGUACUGUCAUGAGAAAGGGUCAAUAACAUUGAAUCAUUUAAAUAUUUAGGAACAAGGAUGUCCAGUACAGGUUCUCUUGAGAUGGAAUUAAUGAAAGACAUACAGGCAGUCCUCGCUUAUCGGCAGUCUCGGUUAACGGCAUUCCGGUUUUACGGCACUUGGCUAACGAUGUCGUUAACCAGAUUUUCAGAGACGGUAAGUGAUUUUCAGCAAUGGUAAGUGGUUUAUUGGUGCCAUUACUGAUAAGUGGUUUAUUGGAGCAUACAAAGUUGUAAACUCCACUUAUUACCAUAAUUAUCACUGAUUUUCUAUUAUCAGCAAUUUUCGGUUAGCGGCACACAGUUGGGGACAGAACCCUGCCUUUAACCGGGAUGAAACAAUGGACAUUCUGAAUAGAUGUGAAUAGCAAAAUACAGUGGCCUCCCCGUAUUCAAAAGGGGAUGCGGACCAGCCCUCCCCCCCUCCCCCCCCGUGCAAGUAGUUAGGACCUGUGAAUAGUUGGAACCUUAUAAAAAUGCUGAAAACCUCCUAUUUUGUUAGUUACAACUCAAGAAAAACCCACUAAAAAUUUUCAUACCUGGUUUUUUAAUAGUUUUAUCACAGAAAGUGCAUUUUAUGAUGAAAAUGAUAAAAAAACAGGAAUUUGUGGAUAUUUUUCAUAGAAAAAUACUGCAUUUCCGCGAAUAAUGAGAAAUGUUCCAGAGAGAAAUCCGUGAAUGCAUGAGUCCGCUAAUCCGGAGAAUGUGAAUACGGGGGUUCACUGUAGACUGAGAUUGAUUGCAUACAAAAGUAAGAUUAUACAUACUGUAUGUUUAAUACAAUCUGAAUUAUUAUAUGGACAUGACUCAUGGGGUGACAAUAAAACUGCUGUACAUCUUAAAGAAUUUGCUCAGUGGAGAAUCAAAUUUCAAGAGGAAUCUUAAGAAUCAGAAUGGGAGAUGAUACUGUAAGCAAAAUCUCAGCGAAGGAGAGUUAGUACCUGAUAGCUACUGGGAUUUAGUAAAACGAGGUGGCUGACAUUAAUACCCGCAGUUGAAAGGAUAUUAACGUUGUUUCCAGGUCUAAAAUCAUACUUUCUAAGUCGAAGCAAAUGUCCAGUUAUAUUGAAAAACUUUUUCGAAAAUCCAGAAGCUGAAAUGUGGCUCAAUAUUUUCAUUCUGAAGCAGCUACUUUUCACCAAGUGGUUUUAAAGAUUGAAGGUGAAAAUAUAUCAACCAUGGAAGUGUUGAGUACAAUAUCCAGCUUGAAGGAAUCCCUGUUAUCUAAAAAAGAAAAAUGCAUUUUUGCCACACUCAGUAAGGGGGCUAGUAAGCAAACUUGAGCAAGAAAGUCUGGUUGAUCCACCAGCUGUCCGAAGAGUAGCAGUGGAUUUUUAUGACACGAGUGUCAAGUACUUAGACCAAUGGUCAGGUCAUUGACAAACUUUGAGUGUAUGCAAUGGGCUUCAUUAAAACAAGUUCCAAAGUGGUCAGAUGUUGAGAAAACUAUGGAUUUUGCUGCAGAAAAACAAGUAUUUGACCCCAAGUUAGAUGCAGCUUUAUAUGAUGAGUUCACUUGUGUUACAAAACACAUUAGUGAAAAAGUAACUGAAUGGAAUGCCUCAAACCUACCAACAGACCAGCGAUGGGUAGAAAUAUUCACCCAUUUUAAGGCCAGAGAUAUCAGCCAUCAACACGUCUGCAUUGGUUCAAUUUAUACUCUGCCUUCCAGGAACUAAAACAUCAAUUGAACGAACUUUCUCUCAGAUGAAUAAAAUAUGGACAUCUGAAAAAAACCAGCUUAAAGUGCUUACCCUUAAAGCACUUCUAACAACAAAGAUAAAUUUCAAACAAACCUGUAUGGAAUUCUACACUAAGUUAAAAUCAGCACCUGGGUUAUUAAAGAAGAUUUCAUCCGGUGAAAAGUACGAGAAUUGAAAGUAAGUAGGGAAUUUUUGCCUGUUGAAAGGAAUUUAUGUUUCUCUCUCUCUCUCUCUCUCAAUAUAUACGUAUAUGUGUUUGUGUAUAUAUAUAUAUAUAUAUAUAUAUAUAUAUAUAUAUAUAUAUAUA